UGUCAGGAACUGAGCAGCACAGUGUAGACGUGAAAGGACUCUUCACCAACAGAACAGGAUCCUAUUGGAAACAUACGCGUUUAAUGACGAAGAUAUGAGCACAGCGAGCGAACAGUGACAUCAGAGGUCCUUACGACGCGUUGGCUGGCCGGUUUACGAUGAGAUAACUAGCGGCUUUCUGGAUUAGCUUAUCGAAGUUUGGCUUGAAGAAGUUUACAGCUGCGGGGCUAGAGACGGUAACCACCGGGGCUAUCUUCCUCUACCUCUGACACACUCCACACAACAAAGGCUCCAGACAUGGUGUCCUGGAUCAUUUCGAGAAGCGUCGUGCUGCUGUUUGGGACCCUGUAUCCUGCAUAUUACUCUUACAAAGCUGUCAAGACCAAAAACGUCAAGGAAUAUGUCCGCUGGAUGAUGUACUGGAUUGUUUUUGCCCUCUACACAGUCCUGGAGACCAUCACUGACCUGACCCUGGCCUGGUUCCCUCUGUACUACGAGCUGAAGAUAGCCAUCGUCAUCUGGCUGCUGUCCCCUUACACCAGAGGAGCCAGUCUUAUUUACAGGAAGUGUCUGCACCCCCUGCUGUCCUCCAGAGAGAGAGAAAUAGAUGAGUAUAUUGUCCAAGCCAAAGAGAGAAGCUAUGAGACCAUGGUGAACUUUGGGAAGCAGGGACUGAGCAUCGCAGCCACCGCCGCAGUCACUGCAGCUGUCAAGGGUCAGGGGGCCAUCACCGAGAAGCUGCGCAGCCUGAGCAUGCACGACCUCACACAGAUAGGCCAGCAGGAUGACAGGGGAAACCAGCUCUACCAGUACAGCUCCCAGUCAGCCAACCCUGCUGUCAGGAGAUCCCAGACCACGGACACUACUGCCAGAGACGAGUAUUUCUACGAUCAGGAGGAGAGGAGUGAUGAAGAGACGGAGCCCACCUUCUCUGAAGAUGAGGCCGUCAGUCAGAAAGGCCUGAGACGGUCGCAGAGCGUCAAGAUCACCAGAUCCAGGGUCCGCAAAGACGCUCGUUACGGAUCUCUGAAGAUCAAAGGCAAGAAGAGACCUGCACUGAGCUCCGUUAACUACGGGAUGUGAUCGCUGACACACACCUGUUCACACCUACACACACCUGUAAAUCCUCAGCAAGGCGGUGCUGUGGAUGGUGGGACCACGGCUGGUUUCCAGCUCUGACUCUUCACUGCUGAACUCUACCACGAGGGCCGAUCUGGGGGCUGAUCUGGGGACGUAUUUAUUACAGAAUUCAUCCAGAACCAGAACUUUUCUACAUUUUCAUAUAUUUUACUCUAAGAGCUUUUGGGGGUUUUUGGUCUAUAUGACGUCUCCUGCAUGAGUUUUUUAUUCUAGUUUUAGAGAUGUUUCUUUGUGUAGCUGUUCAGCGUUUAGAUGUGUGUCAUCUGUUUGUGUGUUUAUUCAUAAGUCAUGGGGUAUUCUGAGGGGUUAAUAUGGUGGAACUAACAGAUUAACUACUGGUUCUUUAACAGAGCUUCUGCUGACAGAUUGUAAAAGCAGCUUUGGCUCAAGUUGAUCAGAGGUUAGGUUUCAGUCACAUGACCUCUGCAGGUUCACGUACAUCCACUGAACAAAGUGGUCAACCAAAAUAAGUGAGGUUGUCGGAGUGUUUCCACAGUUUAGAUAGUUUAGCCGUAGAAACCUUAAAAAGCUGAUCAAUGUGAUGUUAUAGAUCCUUUUAAGUCAUCAGUUCCAUGUAUCUGGAACCAUCCGCCGCUUCACACUGGCUUUUGGAUCAGUUCCUGGUAUCUGGAACCAUCCGCCGCUUCACACUGGCUUUUGGAUCAGUUCCUGGUAUCUGGAACCAUCCGCCGCUUCACACUGGCUUUUGGAUCAGUUCCUGGUAUCUGGAACCAUCCGCCGCUUCACACUGGCUUUUGGAUCAGUUCCUGGUAUCUGGAACCAUCCGCCGCUUCACACUGGCUUUUGGAUCAGUUCCUGGCAUCUGGAACCAUCCGACGCCUCACACUGGCUUCUGGAUCAGUUCCUGGUAUCUGGAACCAUCCGACGCCUCACACUGGCUUCUGGAUCAGUUCCUGGUAUCUGGAACCAUCCAACGCCUCACACCGGCUUCUGGACCAGUUCCUGGUAUCUGGAACCAUCCGCCGCUUCACACCGGCUUCUGGACCAGUUCCUGGUAUCUGGAACCAUCUGCCGCUUCACACCGGCUUCUACACGACCAAGCAGAUGGAAACAUGGAAAAUCUUGGAAGUCUAGAACUUCCUGGUGUUUGGAUGGUGGAAACAGUUGGGAUUCAGACCCUUAAUGAUAAAUCCUACAUCAUUUCUGCUACUUGUAGUAUUCAUUUUGGUGUUUUUACAGCAUUGUUGCUAUGGCAACCAUCUGUAUCACUAUCAUGAUUUAGAUUCUUCGUGGGAGUGCAGUCUAUGUGGUCUUCAUCAGAAAGAUUGCUAAAACAUCCUGAUGGAUGAAGAUAAAACGUGAGCUCAAGUUUAGACAAGCUCAGAACCCUUUGAUCCAACCAAAGGUUCACAACGACACUCUUCUCUCCAUCUUUUUAUUAGAUCAGAUCGCUGUCCCUUUUUAUCACUUCAUGAGGAACCCUGACCUCCAUCAGUUUCAGGAUCUGAACCAUUUAAACAACAAAAACCAAACGUGGAAUUUUCCAGAGGCCAAGAACCUGUUCACCACACAUUCUGGUCUACAAUCAGCUGGCUGUCCACCACUUCCUGAUUGUCCAGCAUGGCUGUCCACCACUUCCUGAUUGUCCACCCUGGUUGUCCACCACUCCCUGGUUGUCCACCACUCCCUGGUUGUCCACCACCCCCUGGUUGUCCACCACCCCCUGGUUGUCCACCACCCCCUGGUUGUCCACCACCCCCUGGUUGUCCACCACUCCCUGGUAUAUUCAGAUUUGGUGUUUUUGUGUGUGUUUUAGAUGCAGUUAAACAGCUGAUUUGAAGGUGCACUUUAACAGUAGAUCAGAUGACACUGAGAGCCUCCUCUACCUGAAACCUUAUUCACUAACUCACUGCUAAUGUUGGAGUGACUCAAAGCUUUUAAAGGAGCUGUUUUUUUACCACACUAUUAAUGUGGCACCAGCUUUGCUUCUGCUGCCUGCAGGUAGCAACAGAUGAUGUAAAACAGCCAAUAAUGUAAUACGUUAUUACUUCACUAACCUGAACUGGAAUAGACAAACACAUUGAAUAUAUAGUAACUGAAGCUGAUUAUGUAAUUAUAAAUAAAUAGGAUUUGCAUUUUAUUAGAAAUAAAACAUUUUUAGCAGUUUUUGUGCAGUUUGCUCAUCAGAAGAAGUGAAUGAUAGUUAAUCCAUCACAGAUACGGACUAUGCAGCUUUGUCUCCUUAAUCCUGGCUGUCGGUUUCUGUUGGAUGCUAAAUCGUCAAAUUUUACCACAUUUUUCAAACAUUUAAUAAAAAAACUCAAUAAACUUGUGAAACUGAUUCAGAGCUCAUUUAAAAUUGACAAUAAACUGCAAUAGAAACUAAAAACAACUGACAUUAUUGGCUGUUAGAUUGAAAUACGACGUUGUGUUGCUGCAGCUCUGCAGGUCCCGGUGCUCCAACGGGGACUGGUUUUAUUGAGGGACACGUUCAGGCUCAGAAACAUUCCUUCAUCCUGGAGGUUUGAGUCUUGGGAUUUUGAAUCCGUGUUGGGAGACUCAGCAGCCGGACCUCAUUGUUGCUGCCUGUCCGAGGUUCUGAGAGGAAGCCAUUUCCUUCCCACACAUGAUCUGAGAGGAUUUAUUGAUCUUCUGCCUUUAACUGAUGUAUUGAUCAAACCGCUGAUUGUAAACCUGUGAAUCAUGAGGACCUUUAAAGAUUUUGUCAGUUUUUUUUCUGAUUUGCACAUGUGCCUCUUCCCAGACAUGUAGUUUUAAUCCCUGCUGUGGCUGCAUCUCCAGUCCUUUGCUGUGGGAGGAUUCACCGUGUUUGAUGGUUUGACUGGCUUGUUGUGUGAUAAUUCUCAUUUUAAGUGAUCCUGCAUCACGUUUGUGCUGCAGCGAAACUGCGUUCUGGUUCCUUUCAGACAACCUGCGCUGCCAUAAGAACCAAACUUGUUUGUGUCUGUUUCUUGCUGAUAACUAUUGAAACCAAAGCUUGAUGCUCCCUCAGCUGUGCAGCUGCUGGUUUGAUGAAAUGUAUUUACAAUAAACGCUGCCUGAUAACUAUAAAGGCAAAAA